GUGGGUGGAUCCAACCCGGAAGUGGGAAGGUUGAGACGACUGGAGGAGACUGAGCGGGAGAAGCUGGUGUGUUGUGCAGGGUUUUCUACUCCCGUGUUUUCAUCGCGUCUCGUCGCGACAGCAUGGCUCAGGCAGCUCUCUCCGACAGUGGGUUCGUCAGACUCGAGCUCAAGCACGCUAACUUGACAGGCCAUCCAGAAAAGGUUGGGAGAGAAAGCUUCGAGCUACUCAAGGUUCUGGGGACUGGAGCCUACGGAAAGGUGUUCCUGGUCAGAAAGAUCAGCGGCCACCAUGCAGGGAAACUGUUUGCGAUGAAGGUGCUGAAGAAGGCUACCAUCGUGCAGAAGUCCAAGACUGCAGAACACACCCGUACAGAGAGACAGGUGUUAGAGGCGGUCAGACAGUGUCCCUUCCUGGUCAAACUACACUACGCCUUCCAGACUGACGUCAAACUGCACUUGGUCAUGGACUACAUCAGUGGAGGAGAGCUGUUUACCCACCUGUACCAGAGAGAGUACUUCACAGAAGCUGAGGUCAGGGUGUAUGCUGGGGAGGUGGUUCUGGCUCUGGAGCAUCUACAUAAGCUGGGAAUCAUCUACAGAGACAUCAAACUUGAGAAUAUCUUGUUAGACAAGGAGGGGCAUGUGGUACUGACUGACUUUGGACUCAGCAAGGAGUUCUUACCUGGGAGAAUACUGAAGACCAACCCCCCACUGUCCAGAAGUUUCUCAGCAGAAGUGAAGGAUCUCCUGAUGAAGCUACUGAUGAAGGAUCCACAAGGCAGACUAGGGUCAGGCUCACGGGGGGCAGAGGACGUCAAGGAACAUCCCUUCUUCAAGGGUAUUAACUGGGAAGACUUGUCGGCCAAGCGCACGCCGGCACCCUUCACCCCCAUCAUCACCAAUGAGAUGGACACCAGUAACUUUUCAGAGGAGUUCACCGACAUGACUCCUACAGACUCUCCCGCAGCUGUGCCAAAAACUGCCGACAGAAUCUUCAAGGGCUAUUCCUAUGUGGCACCAUCUAUUCUAUUUGGACCCAACGCCAUCACAGUUAACGACGUCUUAAGGCCUCCGCCGAACCCAGACAAACCUGGCACCUCAUCUGUCAGGAUGGCGGCAGCGCAUCUUAAGGAUUCUCCAUUCUUCUUGAACUACGAUAUGGAUCUCCAAGAAGGGCUGCUGGGGGACGGUUCCUUCUCCGUGUGCCGCCGCUGCCGGUCCAAGAAGACUGGCGAGGACUACGCGGUGAAGAUCGUGAGCCGGCGGGCGGUGGGCGUGGCCCGCGAGAUCCAGUGUCUCCAGCAGUGCCAGGGGCACCCCAACAUCGUCAAACUUGUGGACGUUUAUCACGACCAGGUUCAUUCCUACAUCGUGUUGGAACUGUUGAAGGGCGGUGAGCUGCUGGACAGAAUACGCAAGAAAAAGCAGUUCACAGAGGCGGAGGCCAGUCUCAUCAUGAAGAGGCUCGUAUCGGCUGUCAAUUACAUGCACCAGAGAGGAGUCGUGCACAGGGACUUGAAGCCAGAGAACCUUCUAUUUACCAGUGAAGCGGACGAUGCGGAGUUGAAGAUCGUAGACUUUGGUUUCGCCAAGCUGAAGCCGGAGAACCAGCCGCUGACCACGCCCUGCUUCACGCUGCACUACGCCGCCCCGGAGGUACUGAAGGAUGAUGGGUACGAUGAGUCAUGUGACCUGUGGAGUCUUGGCGUCAUCCUGUACACCAUGCUGUCUGGGAAGGUACCAUUCCAGCCGUCCGUGGGGAGGGGCGGGGAGAACCACGCUGCAGACAUCAUGAAGAAGAUCAAGAGUGGAGACUUCUCACUGAGUGGGGAGGAGUGGAACCAGGUAUCCCAGCCGGCCAAGUGUCUUAUCCAAGGGCUGCUCACGGUGGACCCGUCUAGAAGAUUCACCAUGACAGCGCUGCGGAACCAUGACUGGCUGCAGGGCAACAAGAGCCACUCCUCCACCCCCCUCAUGACCCCCGACGUGCUGGAGUACAGCAGUGGGAAGAUGUCCAAGGCUGUCAAGCACACCUGGGACGCCUUCUUCAUGGUGGCUCGCGAGGGCUUCCAGCUGCAGGACGUGGACAACGCGCCGCUCGCCAAGCGGAGAAAGAUGAAGAAGACGAGCUCCACGGAAACCCGCAGCAGCUCCAGCGAGAGCAGCCACUCCCCGCAGGGCCCCACCCCGCCGACCAUGUUUAUAAAUCAACAUGUCCCUUCAACAAGCAGCGGCGUGCCCACUCAGCAAGUAACAAUCCUCCCCUCUGUGGUACGGCCGGCAAAUACGAACUCUCACAGUAAAGCCAAGCCUGCGCCUCUUCUAGAUAGUCUCAUGUCGAACACUGUGCCCGCGUUACAUCCCAGCAUGCUAGUUUCCUCCGGGUUGCCGCCGGGUCAGCAUGGUACGCGUGUGGAGCCGUCCGUACAGCCGGCAUCCACUGGGUUUACUGUAGUCGGCAGCAAUCCGUUUCAGACACAGAAGCAACAGGUUGCCCCCCAUCCGCUCUCAAAUCAAGGUCACUUCCAGAGUAACACUCAAGUCUCAUCACAGGCCACCCUAAACAAAGGGUUGAAUCCACCAGAGGCAAAGAGGACUACAUGACAAAGACAUUGUUGCAGAACUUGUGGCACUCAGUUUUACCUUUCCACGCUGCAUGGGAAGAAGGAAGGACAAUGUGAAAUUGAUUGAUUUCUCAAGAACGGGAAGCACUGUCUGCUUUCCAACAUUUCUGUCAUACAGUACUUGUGUUCAUUAUUAAAUGAUCAGAAUUAUCAGAUAUAUGCUAGGGUAUAGAACUUGAUAUUUACCAGGCAUUAACAUUUGGGUUUUCUGUUUGAUUUUUGUCUAGUUUACAAGAAUGUUGCUUUAUUUCUACAUUUUUAGACAUCAAAUGCAUCUCACUUGUUGCUUUGGUUGCACAGUUCUUUUGAUGAUGGCAUAGUUAUUUUUGAAGCAUCAUUAACUAAGUUUUCGAUUUUAUGACCGUUAUAAUGGUCAAAUGAUACAAUUUCCUGAUAAAUAUUACACGUGUCCAUUAAUCACUUUCUAACACUCUGGUGAAUGUGACUAUCACAGGUAAAACAUAUAAUUGUGGAAACACAGACAGAAACAGUACCUCCCGGUGAAUUAGUAGCCUCUUCCAUGUCUGACACUUCCUGUCACUCCCCCAGUCUGACCUGUGUAGUGACACCAUCUUCCCACUUACUUCAUGCCACUCUACUCAUAGUCAUAGUGUGUACCGAUAGGUACAGGCAUAUACAUGUAAGAGCAUAACAUCCAGACACACAAACACACACAAAAAUCUUAUACACUUAAUGCCCAUAUCAAAUUGUCACUCUGGUACACAUGCAAUCCUUGGGUUCCUGACUUUAUCAACAGCACCAUUCAUUUCAUGCCAGCCUGCAGGAACAUAUUUUAAACUUCCCAUCCUGCCAGUUUCUCUUUACACCCCAUGUCUUCCCUCUCAUACACCAUUACAUAUAUCCCGACAUUCUUCUGUAUUGAAAUAAAUACAUGCCAACACAACCUGUCACACCAAAAACAGGAGGCAAUAAAAUACAGGACCAUUGCAAGUAUAAUUUUUUGUACACACAACAAAAAUAUGCUCAAUAAUUUAGAAAUGUUUUGCUGCAAUUUCUGCAUCUUUCGUUGUUCUUUUCUGAUACACUAUGCAGAUUAUUUAACCUUUUUUUUCUAUUGUGAUUUUAUAUCCGCAAUUUUAUCUUCAAUAUAUAAAAUUCAGCUACAGUUUUGCUUUUACCUUUUAAGUUAUACUUGAUUUUUCAUCAGUAUCCGAAUUGUACUUUUAUUCAUGUUAGAUAUAAUUUUAAACAAAUUAUUGAACUUGAAGCAAUAAAUGUCAAUUAGCCAUUGUGAGUAUGGACGAUAAUGAUAUUCUUGGAGAUGUGAUUGAAACAAAAAUUGUGUAAUUGAUUUGAAAGAAAUAUCAUUAAGAUGAUGUUAAUAUAUAUAUAGCUUUAUUAUGUGUACUGCUCUUUUAGACAUAGUGUAUGUAUAUAUUAUAUGUAUAUAUAUAUUGAGAUGAUUUAUUAGAUGUAAUGUUUAAUGAUCAUGGCAUUUUUAUACAGGGUGUUACUUCACAUGUUUAUAGUUCACCACAAUAGUAUUAAACAAGUCAAAUUCAUGGCCUUAUUGUACGAGAUACUGAUAGUGGUGGUUUGUGGGCAAAGCUUUGUCCAAUACCCCACAAUACCUCCCCCCCCCCCCACUACGUAAUGCUAUGUAAAGAAUGUGGUGUAUCGGCGCAGCAUUGAUGUUGUACUUUUGCAGCAUUAAUGCUGUAUUGAUUAAUCUCCAGGCAGAUUUAUCGUUGCCAUAAGAUAGUAUCAAAGCUGCCCAGCUGACUCCUGUUGUCUGGCUUUACUCCUUGGCCAGCUUUGGUACUAGCUUAUGGCACUGGUAAAUCUACCUGGGAUUAGUAUUGAUGCUGUAUUGAUACAGCAUUGAUGCUUUAUUGGUGCUGUAUUGAUGCAACAUUGAUGCUCUAUUUGUACUGUAUUGAUGCAGCAUUGAUACUGUAUUGCCGCUGUAUUGAUGCUGGAUUUGUGCUGCAUUGAUGCUGGAUUGAUGCAGCAUUGACACUGUAUUGAUGCUGUAUUGGCGCUGCAUUGAUGCUGCAUUGAUGCAGCAUUGAUGCUGUAUUGAUGCUGUAUUGGCGCUGUAUUGAUGCUGGAUUUGUGCUGCAUUGAUGCUACCUCUGUGAAGAUCUCUUGACACUUCACCAUUUCAAGCUUCCCUUAUGCUAUGACCAUUUAUCUUUUAAUUUCCACUCAUAUAUGUGGGGUAUCUGUGUGGUGCAAUGGCUAAAGUGUUGGAAUCAGAAUCAGUAGGUCCUGAGUUCGCUACUCGCCAUGCCCCUGCCCCCAUGACAGUGAAGUGACGCCCACCGAGCCUCACGGCCUAUCUGUCUAAAGGUGCCAAAAACACCUAUGGACUUGGUGCUGCUAGUGUGUCAGCAUCUGCACACUUGCUACUAAGACCCGUGAAUUUUUUUCCUAUUAUAGAUUGUAGCCACAUAUGGUUCACUUGGUUAAUGGCUUUGCUGGGUUGACAGUAUAGGGUGUGGUAACUGGGACAGUCAUCAUGAUUGUGAAGUUACAAAGGCAGUCGGCACUAAUGCCCGACUACGGCAGCAUGAAAACUAAGAACAUUAGGGGCAUUAUUUUUGCAACCAUACCCACUGGUGUCAUCUCUUCUUUGGUUGGUUGUUUCACUGUAGUUUGUGGUAUCACAAAAUGCAGUUACCUUCCUGAACCCUUUUGUGAUAACUUGUUUUUGCUUUAUACAUGUAGGAACUUAUUGAUUGAAAUCUGCAAUAAUCAGUUUUUAUGAUUGGGUAAAGAAAUAUGCUACAGGCCAGGCACUUUUACUGCAUUAGCCUGGUGCUUUGGGUUCUGCGGACUUACAAGAUGAAACAUCACAAUUUUUACCUGAAUUAUGUAACAAUUCCCUAUAACUACAAUAAGAUUUGUCAUCUACAUACAUGUAUGUAUGUCCUGAAUAAAGGAAUAAGACAAACUUGUGUUUUUUUUCAACUUGUUACUAAUAGCAACAUAAUGUACGUGAUAAGCCGUGUUUGUUGUGAAAUACAAGGAGGUACUACAAUUCCCGUAAUUUAACUGAAACGGAAUGUCUUCAUUAUGCAAAUAAGUUUUAAUUUGCAUAACAUAUCUUGCAUAACAUAACAUAUCUAUUACUCGAGUGACUGGUUGAAGUUUGGAAACGGUUGUACGUUUCAGACAGCAUUCGCUGUCUUUCCUCACGAACAAAACUCAUCCAGUCACUUGAGAAAUGGUUUAUAUAACUUGCCACCUAGAUGUGUAACCUUUAUAGACCAACCACGGGAUAUUAAACUA